AAUCGAAACACCCGUGACCACAGUCGUCAUCGGUGGAGAUGCAAUCACCAGGCAGUCUUCCUGCAGGCAACAGGGGCCUUGGCAAGCCCUGCCUCCACAUGAAGCCCAGCCCCACCCUGCAGCUGCGGCCUGGCCAGCUCAGCUGUCCACAGUGUGAGUACAGCUCACCCCUGAACCUGCAGCACGGGGCUCCAGGUACAGCCAUGAACACCUGCAUGCACACGUCCCCGCCACCUGCAGGUGUCAGGUAUGACCACACAGGUCCCAGCCAGCUGCAGGAUGGUACAGACAUGGAUGCGUCCAUGGUAACGCACCACGACAGCGGACAGGACAUGAGUGUGUAUGAUGCGGCACAGAGCAACUAUCUGUCCGCCAGUCCUGUGGACCAGAAACCUACGGUGACUUCUAACAGCCCAAGUCCCAGCAAAAAGGGUUCUGCUAAGGGUGGCAGGGCACAGAAGUCUCACAAAGCAAAGGCAGCAGUCGGUAAAGGCACAGACGAACCUUACCAGUGUGACGAGUGUUCCUUCAGCUCCCCACAGCGCGACAAGCUCAUCAGGCACAUGAAGACGCACACUCAGGGGCCUCGUGCGCGUCCCAACCUGCGGCCGUGUCUCCACUCCUGUCACCAGUGUGGCUACGGCACUCCUCACAAGGAUAAGCUGGUCAGGCACUUGCGGACUCACAGCGGCGAGAAGCCAUUCAAGUGUCCGCAGUGCACGUACGCGUCAUCACGGAAAGACAAGCUGAUGCGUCACAUGCCCACCCACACGGGAGAGAAGCCUCAUAAGUGCCCGCAGUGUACCUACGCUACAGCACGCAAAGACAAGCUGAACAGACAUGUGCUAACCCACAUCAAGUAGAAAUGGAUCAUCCAUAACCAUCCUCACCUGUACUACACAAUUUACAGUGUAGUCAGUAGUCCUAGUAGGGUCUAGAUUAUUGCUUCAUAAGGUCAACAAGUAUGCAGUUGUGUAUAAUCUGCAUUUUUUCUUACUCAUUGCUUAUUGUCCAACAUUUAAAGAAUAUGUAGGUGAGUAAUGUGAGUAACAUAUACUUAAAUGAGUGUAAUAAAUACAUACAGUAAUGUGUAUCAAAUUAGAACAAGAGGAGUUUGGGUGACAAAUGUGCAUAGCAGGCUUGUUGUCUACCACAGCUUUCAAAAGACUAGGAUUAAAAUUAGAAUAUUUUUUUGUUCAAGAAAUCUAAUGCAAUGGCUGUGUUUCCAGCUUGACUAGCCGUAUUUUGUAAGAAUUGUAAAAGUUUUAAGAGUUUUAUCCUAGCAUUUACCCCAGCAAGAGCAUAGCCAUGUACAAGUAGUUUAAGAGCAGUCAGAGCACUGAUGUAUCUCAUUUAUUUUUAGUUUCAGAGAAAACAGCUUUUUUGUUCUGUCAUCUUCUUGAAGAUACUUUUGAAGUUCAGUCUUUGCUUUGAUUCAGAACUUGACAUAGAAUGAUGAUUCUUUUAUUCUGAAUCUGCAUUCUCCUUGCUUUGUUACAUAUCACUUGUUACAUAAAGGAUGUGACUUUGUUUUCACUUUGCAAACACUGAUGAAAUAUGUGAAUCUCACUAUAGGAGACAUGUAAUAAAACACUUAGACAUUUAAUGCUGUUUUAAAAGUGAAGCGUGAUUAAUUAAUUGAUAUGAUUAUUCUGGGGGCCAUGUAUGGAAUCCAAAAUACAUGUAUAUAAAACAAACAAGGUAAUAGGUAUAGAUGAUUUUUCAUGCAGUCUGGUAAUGUCAAAAAUGUUACCAUUUUCAUAGUAUCUAUUUACUAAAUUAGUAUUAAUUGUAGUGACCUAAUGUUAAUUGUUUUAUGAGAGAUGUGAUGUAGGUGGUAAAUGUUUUGUCAAAGUUCUUACAAUUUAAGUUACAUUUACUUUUACCAUUGUUUGCUGGACAGCUAGAGGGCAAUAGAUACCAUUUCAUA